AUGGCGACAACAGCUCAGUAUAUUCCGAGGAAUAACUCUUUACCGUCCAACCCGCUCAUGCAUCCGGAUUCGGAUAGGAUGCACCAGGGGACGACCUACAGAGAGGUGCAGAAAAUGAUGCACCAUGAGUACUUGCAAGGGCUUGCGGCUACCAACACGGGACACCCGAUGAGCCUGACGCACCACCAGUGGCUGCCCUCCUCCAACACCGACUGGUCCAGCGGCACCCACAUCGGACAGCAGGAGCACAAAGCCAGCGUGCAGGCGACCAGAGAGGACCUGAGCAGCGGCUUCCACCACAGAUCUCACCUGGUGCACCAGCAGACGCAGAGUGGCCACCAUGGUUCGUGGGCGCCUACCACGACCCAUCACUUAUCCCCGCUGUCCCCAGCAUCCAACGGCCACCAGUCACUGGUCUACUCUCAGCCUGGAUACACAAACCUCAACGCAAUGCUGAGUCCCCAGCCCGGCGCCCUGCACCAUGGCAUGCGGGACCCGCUCCACGAUGAUUCGGGCAGCCACGACAACCAGAUGGAGUCGCCCCAGCAGGCGUUCAGCCACCACCAGGACCAUUCGGACGAGGACGCGCCCAGCUCCGACGACCUGGAGCAGUUCGCCAAGCAGUUCAAGCAGCGGCGGAUCAAACUGGGCUUUACGCAGGCGGACGUGGGCUUGGCCUUGGGCACCCUGUACGGAAACGUCUUUUCUCAGACCACAAUCUGCAGGUUUGAGGCGCUGCAGCUCAGCUUCAAGAACAUGUGCAAACUUAAGCCGCUCCUAAACAAGUGGCUGGAGGAGACAGACUCAAACACGGGCAGUCCCACCAAUUUGGACAAGAUUGCUGCGCAGGGCAGGAAACGAAAGAAGAGGACCUCCAUUGAAGUGGGGGUGAAAGGGGCGCUGGAAAAUCAUUUCUUAAAAUGCCCAAAGCCGUCUGCUCAUGAAAUCAGCUCUUUAGCCGGCACUCUGCAGUUGGAAAAAGAGGUUGUCCGUGUUUGGUUUUGCAACAGAAGACAAAAAGAGAAAAGAAUGACACCAGUGGGGGUCCCUCACCCGAAUAUGGAGGACGUAUAUUCCCAAGCAGAGACCCCUCCUCUACACCGCACACUACAGAGUCCUGUGCAGUGACUGUUUUCAUGAACAAUCCGAGAAUUUCUGCGGGGGGAUAGAAAAAGGGAAAGGG